AUGCCUCCGAAGUCUGGUAAGAAGGCCGCCCCGGCCCCCUUCCCUCAGGGAAAGGCUGGCUCCAAGAAGGCCCCCAAGAACCCGCUCAUCGAGAAGCGGCCCCGCAACUUCGGCAUCGGCCAGGACAUCCAGCCCAGGCGUAACCUGUCGCGCAUGGUGAAGUGGCCGGAGUAUGUUCGCCUCCAGCGCCAGAAGAAGAUUCUCAACAUGCGCCUGAAGGUGCCGCCUGCGAUCGCCCAGUUCCAGCACGUCCUCGACAAGAACACCGCUGCCCAGGCCUUCAAGCUCCUCAACAAGUACCGCCCUGAGACCAAGACGGAGAAGAAGGAGCGUCUCCUCAAGGAGGCCACCGCCAUCAAGGAGGGCAAGAAGAAGGAGGACGUUAGCAAGAAGCCUUACGUCGUCAAGUACGGUCUCAACCACGUUGUCGGCCUGAUCGAGAACAAGAAGGCAUCCCUCGUCCUCAUUCCCAACGAUGUUGACCCCAUUGAGCUGGUCAUCUUCCUGCCUGCUCUCUGCCGCAAGAUGGGCGUUCCCUACGCCAUCAUCAAGGGCAAGGCCAGACUCGGCACUGUCGUCCACAAGAAGACCGCUGCCGUUCUCGCCCUUACCGAGGUCCGCUCCGAGGACAAGAAUGAGCUGUCGAAGCUCAUCUCGGCGAUCAAGGAGGGCUACCUUGAGAAGAACGAGCAGACCCGCAAACAAUGGGGUGGUGGUAUCAUGGGCGCCAAGGCCCAGAAGCGCAUUGAGAAGCGCAAGAAGGCCCUCGAGACGGCUAUCAAGGUUUAA